UAGUAGGACAAAAGUAGCCGGCAAGCCGCAUCCAUCUUCGCCGCAGUGGUUUGACUGCAGUUAGAAGAAGCGGAGAAAGUUUUCCAGCUUGAAAAACGAAGCUCCUGAUCCGUCAGGAGCGAACUGAUCCCAGAUCAGAUCCUGACAGAGGCAGACCUACUGCAGACACGUUGGGAAGGCGAGUCCAGACAUUACUCCUGGUUUGCAGAAAUCUACGAUGGCUGACCGUUUUGACUGCGAUAACUGCAAGGAAUCCCUGUACGGCCGCAAGUACAUCCAAUCUGAUGACAACCCAUAUUGCAUCCCCUGUUACGACAGUCUGUUUUCAAACACCUGUGAUGAAUGCAAAGAGCUGAUUGGCCAUGAUGCUAGGGAGCUCUUCUACGAGGACAGACAUUAUCAUGAGCAUUGUUUCCGUUGUUUCCGCUGCGACCGCUCACUUGCAGAUGAGCCCUUCACCAGCCAGGAUGACUCACUGCUCUGCAACGACUGCUAUUGUAAUGAGUUCUCCUCCAAAUGUGUCGCCUGUGACAAGAUCGUCAUGCCAGGUACUAGAAAACUGGAGUAUGCAGGCUCCACAUGGCACGAGGGCUGCUUCAUCUGUCACAGCUGUGAGGAGCCGAUUGGCUCCAAGUCCUUCAUUCCUGACAAGGACGAGCACUACUGUGUGCCCUGCUACGAGGAGAAGUUUGCUCCCCGCUGCACGCGUUGUAAAAAGGCCCUGGCUAAAGGUGGCGUGACCUAUCGGGAUGAGCCGUGGCAUAAGGAGUGUUUUGUGUGUGCAAACUGUAAGACGCAAUUGGCUGGUCAACACUUCACCUCUAGAGAUGACAGCCCCUAUUGCCUUAAGUGCUUUGGCAGUUUGUAUGCCAAGAAGUGUGAGGCCUGCAGCAAACCGAUUACAGGUUUUGGAGGAGGAAAGUACAUCUCAUUUGAAGAUCGUCAGUGGCAUCAGCCGUGCUUCACCUGCUCCCAGUGCUCCAUCUCGCUCGUGGGCGCUGGCUUUUUCCCAGAUGGUGACAGAAUCCUGUGCCGUGAAUGCCACAACAACCUAUAAAGCACUUACGUACCCAGAUCUCACCAUUCCUUCUGUUCUCCAACAGUGUUUUUAAACACCCCGGGUUAUUUACCAAAGAGGGUAACAUAGGCUAAAAAUAUCCCGCCUCAGGUUGUUUUAAUAUAAAGACAUUUGUUCCUCAAUGACCUACUUAUACAAGGAGAGCUGUGAUCGUGUGCAAAAUCGUGCUGAUGCUGCAUUGUUUGCAUAAAUGAGCACAAAGUUUUCCUCUUCAACAAGAAAGUUUAAGAUUUUAAGAUUUGUUCAUGGAGUGCCUUAUUACCAUUAUUUCUAUAUUAUUUUGUGUUUAAAUGAGAAACUGCAUUGCUUGCCACUUUGCCAAAUAUGUCUUAAUUAAUAUUAAUUCAGGGCUCUAAAGAAAAGACACAGAACACUGAUAUAGUAUACAAUGUCUGCGGUCUAUAUUUCAGCUGUAUGGUUGAGUUACUGUUCUAAUGCUCCUAUAACUGCAGGUCCAUGCAUUUUGAAUGUUGCUUUUUAUCAUCUUUCCAUUAUCGCUUUUUUAUCUAAUGUUUUACUUUCUGCAUUUUGAACAAGUUACUGUAUAGUGACACAGAAGGAGGUGUGACUUUUUGUAAAAAGUGGCCAAGUAUUGGACAGAUUUUUCCUAAAAUUUUAAAUGAAAUUGAGUAGAUUUGUUGGUGUUGGUAGUUUAAGGGUGUAACGACAUUUCAUUUGCACUUUGGAAAAGAUGUGCUUUUGCUGCCAUGUUUUGUGCACAUAAAUACACAAUAGAAGCACAUGGCAUAAGCAACAGAUCACUUUUUACCAUGUGUUUGCCUGUUUUUUUUAAAUCUACAGUUCCUCCUAUUUUACUUAAAGGUUUCAUUCAGCCCUCGUUUUAAGUUUUGUAAUGGAUAUUUUUAGUAUCUGUGCGCAAAGAGUCAGUAUGUUUAACUUUGAAAGAAAAUGUAAGACUGUUGCAAAAAUAUGCAUGCCUUCAAUCGCCAUGAUUGCUCUCAUUACCUAAUUUGUUGUUUUUAAUGUACAUACGAUUGCAUAUACAUGUUGCAAUCAUGUAUGUGAAAAAUGACUGUUUGUUUCAUCAUUACAGAUUCCCUAUUUUACAUUUUCUUGUCACACAUGUUUUAAGUCAUCGCACAAAAUUCUUGUAUCAGACAAAGAUAGAAAAUCCAGUUUUUACAUGAUAAUUGUUUUUAUUAAAGGUAGAAACUGAUUUCAAACCAACCCGCUAUGUGAAAAAGUAGCCUGGAUAACUGGCUGGGCUUCCCUUGGUAACGACUGCCAGUGAGAGUUUUUACAUCACUUUCAAGGAAUUUUGGCCCACUCUGCUUUGCAGAAUUGUUAUAAUUCAGCAACGUUGGAUUGUUUUCCAACAUGAACAGCCUUUUUAAGGUAAUACACAGCUCAAUUAGAUUUAACUUCUGUCUAGGCCAAUGCAAAACUUUUUGUUUUGUUUUUGAGCCAUUCAUAAUUGGACUAAUUGAUGUGCUUUGGAUUAAUGUCCUGCUGCAAAACCCAAGUGUUUGCCCAAGCUUAAAGACACAAACUUAUUGCUGGAUAUUCUCCUUUAGGAUUUUCUGUUAGAGAGCACAAUUGAUGGUUUUAUCACUUAUGGCCAGUCAUCCAGGCCAUGAAGAAGCAGAGCAGCCCGAAACUAUCACUUUACUUCCACUAUGUUUGACCAUCAUCAUAAUGUUCUUUUCCUGAAAAGCUGUGUUAUUGUUACGCCAUAUGUAACAGGACACGCAUCUACCAAAAAGUUCUACUUUAGUCCACAGAAUAUCUUCCAAAAUGUUUUGGUGUUAAGAUGUUUUUUUUGUUCAGUUUUCUUUUUUUUUUUUUAUAAUGGGAAACAAGACAUUUUGUGCUUUUUAGUCACCAGUAGUUUUCACCUUCAAACUCUCCCAUGGAUGCUCUUUUUGCCCAGUCUCUUUCUUAGUGUUAAAUAAUGAAGACUCACCUUAAUUUAGGCAAGUGAGGGCACUCACUUAGGUGUUGUUCUUGAUCCUUUUGUGACCUCGAUUAGUCUGAGCUUUGGGAGUAAUUCAUGGAGCACUUCCAUGUUCUAUGUUUUUUUUUCUCCCCUUUUCCUACUGGUUAGACAGUAAACAAGCCUGGGUAGUGAAAUUUAACUUAGCCUUCCAAAAAAAAUAUUGUUAGUCUUAGUAAAUUCAUGAUUACUCGAGGGCAGGUCGCAAUAAUUUUUUUACCUAGGCCUGGGUUGAUGCCGAUGGUUUUUUUUUUUCAUUUUAAAAAUGAAAUAAUCAUUUGAAAAGAGCAUUUUGUCUUUACUCUGGUUAUCUUUGACUGGCAUUGAAAUUUGUUUGAUGAUCUGAAACUUGUAAGUAGGGAUGGUUACCGAAUUUGGUCCUUUGGUCCAGUCACCUUUUUGACCUGGCUUGGCUGUCCGUGGUGAAAUUAUCCCCCUGGCUCUAUAAGACUGAGUUUGGUAAAUAAAUACAUACAUGAUAGACAGAGAAAAGAGAGAAAGAAAGAUAGAGAGAGACAGAUAAAAGUUGUGAUAGACAGAAAGAUGGAGAGACAGUUAAAGAAAAAGAAAAAAGAUGGAUAUAGACAUUAUAUAUAUGUAUAUAAAUAUAUAUAUAUAUAUAUAUAUAUAUAUAUAUACACACACAGUAGGUAGAAGAUAAAUAAACAUUUCAGAGUUAGUUUUUUCCAUAAGAAUGUGCUGUCAAAUAUGUAGUCAGCUUAAACAGGCUGCAUUCAGAGGAAACCAAAGCCCAGCCAUUUGUAUAUUUGUCUGAGUGUGUGUGUAUAUAAAUGACCUGGUUAAGCACAAGAUUUUUGUCAAGGCUGAAGACAAAUUUUUUGUCAGCCUCAGAUUUACAGCUACAACUCCUGCAUUCAGCACCGUUCGCACGCCUGCAUUCGUGACUCGUCUGCAGCCAGCAACAAGGUUGGGUUUUAAUUUGUGCAUUACACUGCGUAAUCAGUUGGGGAUUUAAUGUUGAAGAAAUGUUUGAAACAACUGAGAUGUUACAAUACAAACAGCCGGAUGUUGUUUUGAUAUUGAUUAAAGUUUAUAUAUUGGGAAAUAAAUAUGUUCAAUUGAAAUUUUUUUAAAUUUUAUUAUUAAACAAAUUAACAUUUAUUACCACAUAAACACACACAAAAGUACCGAAAACUGGUACCGUAGAGUAUCGGUAUCGAUACCCAGGUCCAAGUAUUGGUACCGUAUCGAUUCAAAUUUGAAAAGUAUCCAUCCCUACUUGACACAACAGCAGAAAACAGAAGAAAUCCUUAAGGAGACUUUUUUCAAAUCAGUGGAGGUAUAAUAUUUGUUUUGAAUAUUUCAGCUUUGAUGCUGGUGAGUCAGAGUUGGCCAAAGUAUUUUUAAAGAUGGAAAAUAUGCCAUCAAGAUGAUAACCAUUUCAGCUUGUGGAUAAAUUGUUUCUUCUAUUUUUUUUUAAAACAAUUAAAUAAAAUGACACUGACUGAU